AUGGCUUCCACCGCUUGUGGUCUCACGUUAAUUUUGUUAAUCGCUUCUCUAGCAAGUGGCGUUUCAGCCGCUGCUUCCACCGUUUCUACCGGAAUAAAGAUAUUCGACGUCCGAAGCUACGGUGCUCGUGGCGACGGCAAAACAGAUAAUGCUAUGGCGUUUACAAGAGCGUGGAAAGACGCGUGCCAAUGGAAAGGAAUUUCUAGAGUAUUCGUACCACUCGGAACGUUCUACCUCGGUGGUGUAACCUUCUCUGGACCAUGUCAAAGUCGCAUUAGUUUCAUCAUCAAAGGAACUUUAUUAGCACCUAAAGAUCCCAACGUCAUUAAACAAGACACGUGGAUUAUUUUCAAGUACGUAGACUAUCUCACUGUCUCAGGAGGUGGCACACUUGACGGACAAGGAACCAACGCUUGGCGACUCAACGACUGCAGCAGAAACCCUAACUGCCGCCCUCUACCGAUGAACAUUGGUUUCCAGUUCGUGAGAUUCUCGAGAAUCAGCCGCAUCAAAUCUAUCAACAGCAAAAUGGGUCACUUCAACUUCUUCGCCGUGGCAUAUAUUGAGGUGACACGCGUCGGUAUUAGGGCUCCUGGAGAUAGCCCUAACACUGAUGGGAUUAAGAUAGGUUCGUCGCAACACAUGAAGAUUCAUGACGUCUAUAUUGGAACCGGUGACGAUUGCAUCGCGAUCUUGUCGGGAACCAGUAACUUGGAUAUCUAUAAUGUCACGUGCGGACCGGGACAUGGGAUUAGUGUUGGAAGCCUUGGGAGGUUUAAAGAUGAGAAGAGCGUUCAUGGAAUAACCGUUAGGGAUUCGAUCUUUACCGGUACGAGUAAUGGAGUACGGAUCAAGACAUGGGCUCCUUCGGCAUCACGGAACAUUGUUUCGAGAUUUGUUUUUCAGAAUCUUCAGAUGGUUAAUGUCGGAAACCCAAUCAUCAUAGAUCAACAGUAUUGUCCUAACAACCAGUGUAGCAAGAAGUCUAGUUCUCAAGUUCAGAUAGUAAACGUGAAGUUUAAUAAUAUUUGGGGGACUUCGACGGACAAAGUGGCAGUGAAGUUGCAAUGUAGUGAGAUGGCUCCUUGCAAAGACGUUGAGCUCGCCGGAAUUAACUUAGUGCACCGUGGACUUGACGGUCCAGCCACCGCUAUGUGUGAGAAUGUUUCUGGUUGGACACGUGGCAAGAUUUCACCCCCUUCUUGCCUUUGA